AUGGCAGAGACCAGCGCCCAACAACAGCAGUACCCCGACCUCAACCCUUACACCUCCUCCAACGGCAACGGAUCGGUCGAGCAGACCAAGAACGCCAUCCUGAACAACGCCCAAUCCACAAUGGACAGCAUCAAGAACUCCGAAACCGUCCAGUCCAUCGCCAACGGCCCCUUGGCGGACAAGGCUCGCGUCGAGGCCGACACCACCAAGACCGAGUUCACCAACCUCGCCGCCGCGCGCCAGACGCCUCAAUCCCAGACCGCCAACGGCCAGGAGCUCACACACUACCACUCCUUCUUCUACAACCUGCUCUCCUGGGAGAACCCGCGCGCCACGGCUAUCAGCUAUGUCACCAUCGUCACCCUCAUCUUCGCCACGCGCUACCUCCCCGUCACUAGAUUUGCGCUCAAGGGUCUCUACGUUCUGUUGGGAUGUACCGCAGCAGCGGAGGCUGUCGGCAAGCUCGUCCUCGGUGAGGGUAUUGCCAGCAAGAUGAGGCCGAAGCGAUACUACACCUUCCCCCGCGAGACUCUCGAGGCUGUGUUGGGAGACAUUGAAGAGCUCAUCAACUUCUUUGUUAUCGAGUUCCAGCGCAUUGUCUUUGCCGAGAACAUCUACGCCACCAUCUUGGCAUUCGUCACCACCUUCCUCUCGUACUUCCUCAUCAAGAUCAUGCCAUCCUGGGGUCUUGCUCUCUUCUUCACCACGGCCGCCUACUUCGUGCCCCUUGCCUACAUCAGCAACAAGGAGUUCAUCGACCACCACUUGAACAACGCCCAGAACAUCGCUUCUGAGCAGGCCAGCCAGCUUCGAGGCAUUGUUGCAGAGCACACGAACAAGACGGUGGAGUUGAGCCAGAGCGCGAUCAAGGAGUACACUGCCAAGGCGCAAGAUUUGAUCGGUCAGGGCAAGCAGGUCGCUGUGGAGAAGGGUGCUGUUAAGCAGGAGACCGCCGACAAGGUAGCACCAGUCAACAGCUCGGACUUCCCAACCGCUCCCAAGCAGGAGCCAACUGUUCCUGAGACUGUGCAUGCAGAGGAGAAGAAGGCUGAGGCCGUCGCUAUCUAA